CCCGCCAGAAUGGGGCCUUCCGAACGAGCAGGCUUUUUGUUUACCACGAGGUUGAUGCUGCUGUAGGCUCAGUCGGUCUCUUUGCAAGUUCUUCCUUGCCAGUGUUACUUGAUUGCGAAUUAACGCCCCGCCGCAAUGGAAGACCAUGACGAUGCUCACUUCGACCAGGCUGCCUCUGGUGCCUCGGCCACCUAUCCCAUGCAGUGUUCUGCUCUACGUAAGAACGGCUUUGUGAUGAUCAAAGCCAGACCGUGCAAGAUCGUCGAGAUGACCACCUCGAAGACUGGCAAACAUGGUCACGCCAAAGUACAUCUAGUGGGCAUCGACAUUUUCACCUCGAAGAAGUAUGAAGAUCUGUGUCCCUCUACCCACAACAUCGACGUUCCUAAUGUAAACCGCAGCGACUUCCAGCUAGUCGACAUCUCCGACGACGGAUUCGUGUCCCUGCUCGACGAGAAAGGUGACAUCCGUGACGAUCUCCGCAUGCCAACUGAUGAGGAGCUUGCCACGAAGAUCACCGACGACUUCAAGAAGGGCGAUACUACCAUCGUGCUCACGGUUCUGUCGGCAGUCGGGGAGGAAGCCAUUAUCGCCUGCAAAAACUCUAACUAAUCUAUAAUUGACUAAAUGAUGAACGAUGAAGUUGCGGGUUCGUUUAAAACGCGCGCCUUUGGACAUUGACAUCGGUAGCAACACAAAAACCGAAUAUAGACAUUAGAUUACAUCACAGACAUGUUUAAACACACUCAAACACAUAUCCACUCACACAUGUACGCUCGAACAUGGACACUACACAAGCCGCUUCCACGUUCAACACGAUUGUCACAAAUCAUUCACUUAAGAUUAACUAUUGCUAUUGAGAAAUUCCAGUAAAAUAACAACCGCUGUGCGACGAAAUACUGACGCGGUGGAAAGAAAGAAGAAAUAUGCUAAUAAUGUCAAGAGAAGGAAGCAAUAAGAAGAGUUGCGCGAAGAGAAGCCUAGUAUGUCUAGGGACGGCUUGCUGUUUGGGCCACAUAGGGUAUCAAUAUAGGGGAAACAACGGGACGGUAUGAACAAACGUUAAAAAGGGGAAGGUGCGUUAAAAGAAACAGCGAAAAUCGAAACCGUAAAUGUGAAAGUAUACAAGGAGCGAAGGCUAGAGGACACAGUUUAUUGGUCAGUCUGACAGGUGGAGCAGAAGUACUUGUGCAGAAGGGUGGAGAGGAAAAUAAAAAGAUCUUGUGUAGAAGGCGCGAUGAAAACGAUCAUAACACGGUCAGACUGUUAUCGUCAGGCUGUUGACUGUUACAUGGAACCGUGCGACUUCAAGACUUGCCACUAUCGACGCAACGCACCCAAACGAUAUAAUAUAGUAAAGAAAUGAAGAUAAAUAAAAAUGGUAAUGACUCUGCAUGAUGUAAUAACGAUGACGAAAUAUACAUAGAACUAAGCUGAAAAUAAUAAAGAACUGAACUGUACGACGAAUGAUGAUCAA